AAGAGAAUCACACAGCAGUCCAGCCUUCUCGUCGAUAGCCAUAAGCAGUCCCACUGAGAAGACUCGACUCAAUAUGCCGUCGUCAUUCCCCGUAUACGACUUCAUCCCUCCACCGGGCGACACAGAUCAAGGAGAAGACAUUCUGUAUGACGGUGAAGAAUCCAUCUACGAGCUCUGCUCACAGCAGUCGUCAUCAAACGAUAAUGCCUCCAACUUGCCUGGCCAUGGUAGGACGCUUGGACUCCUCUACUCACGUUGGGGACGUGCACUUGAAGCUGCAAUCGGACAGGUUGCACAUAGAAGUGGGCAUGGUCCUAAGGCGGUGGCUUCCCGAAUCAAGCGUGUGGAGUUGCAGGAAGUAAGAGUUUCAGGAGACAGUGAACCAGAUACGGAGAGCGCUGGCCUCGGUCCGCGAACCAUACGCUGGACUGUGAAGGGCGGAAGCGAGGCAAAACUCCGAUCGGACUGUCGGAAACUCGCGAGAUAUGCCACGUGAGUGCUGGCUGGUCCGACCAAGCACGUGAUAAUCAAAGGAAUAUCAUCUCCACAUGAGGCAUUUCACAAUUCC